AUGCCUAAUGAGCAGUUGCAGAUUGCUGAAAAUAAUUUUGUCGAGCCCGACGAACAACCGUUUGAAAACAACGAAAGGAUAGAACUGGAUGACGGUACCGUAAAUAGCGAUUCUGUUGACACUGAAGCAAUCGGGAAAUUAAUAAUAGAAACGCAAAAACACCAGGCAAAACGCAUCUCCUUAACUGAAGUCGACAAAGCCUCUAUCUUGACACAAUUCAAAGUCGACAAGUAUUGCAAUGCGAAAGGCCAGUGGGAUGAUUCCUCUUUGAAUAGCCUAUCCGUAUACUUCCAGUCAGAACAGACACUUCGAAAGUUUCGUGAUACUGAACUAAGUGUCAUAGUUAGAUACAUCAACCGAAAUUACAACAUGAAAAUAAAGGAAAGUGAAAAAAAGGAGGCAAAGUUGCAAACACUAUGCAACUUACUAAGCAUGGAGUACAGUAGCGAUCAAUCUCAUCACCAUUCAAAGCGAUCAAAAAUUCAACAGCCCAAACGUUUGGCAGAACAAGCAUUUAAAAUAGUGUCAAAUCGUUUAAAAAAGAGUGAUCUUAAUAUCAUUUACUCUGAGUACCUUUGGCCACAGGAACUACAAAUGUGGAAUACAGUACACAACACUUCAUGCAUAGGAUUGCAGGAAGAAGAACAAUUCUAUGUUUCGUCUUACAGUGAGUCAAGAAAACAACCUGAGGUGAACUGUAUAGACUCGUCCCAUUUGUUGACAAGAAUGAGGCGAAAGAGUGCCAAAGGGGGAUUAGACGGCUUGACAAACGAGGCAUGGAGAACAGUCGCAAAGUCAAAGAAGACGGCUUUGUCUUUGGGAAUGGUUGAUUGUAUUCUUGAGCCUAUGACUGUUUCUGUUGCAAAUACGCAUUUUAGCCAAGCCGUUGAACAUGAAAUGCGCCUAAAUGGAGAUACCAAGGAAGCUGAGCUGUGUGAAGACAUCAGAAAUUGGUGGUUGGCUGAAGAUGAGGCCGGUAUUCCGGCUGAACAACGCAUUGAGCUCCGCUCUAAACUUCGCUCACGCCUAAUGAGUAGUGUGGACUUUUCGAAAUUUCCACCUCCGGGAAUGUUCAUCAAUGGAUGGCCAACACAGCUAUGGGAAGCCGUCAUUGCAAGUAUCGACGCUAAAAAGAUAUUGUAUAGUCUUGUUCCUACACACAAAUACAAUGUACGAGCGUUUUCAAGCAUGAUGGGGGAAACGUUCUUUUCAGAGCUAACGCUUUAUGACCGGCGAGGACAGGGCACGGUCACCAGCAGAGAAUUCGGCCAGUACAUCGAUACCACAAUCGAAAAACUCCACAUGCGUCUUGACCCUGAAAGGCAAUUCUUCUAUACAACCUCGAAAAAGAAUGUGUACAAACUCGUUAGUCAAUAUAACGUCGAUGGCAAAGGUGAAGAUGAAUCAAAAAUCAAGAGCUCUUCCGAUAUUCGGUAA